CUUGGAAGUUUGUAACAGUCACUCGCAAGGCGUGACACAGUGAGGAGGUAGCGCAGUAGGAAGUGCACAUCAAGUAUAUAUGCAGCAGAAUCACCUGCAAUGGAAUCCGUUACCAAGGUUGAGGAAACUGCAGCUGUCGACCUAGAGGCCUUACUGGACGCUGGGGAGGGCCCCAUGGUGACUCUCGUGGCAGGAGAGACGCAGCUGAAGGCACGGAGGGCCAUCCUAGCAGCGAGGAGCCCAGUCUUCAGCGCAAUGUUCAGCCACGACACGAUAGAGUCCAGCAGCAAUGAGGUCACCAUAACAGACGUGGAGGGUCCGGUGCUAAGAGAGCUACUGGCCUACUGCCACACACUGAGGACUCCACUUCCGUCCAGCAUGACUCCCCAAGUUUUGGCAGCAGCAGACAAAUACGAUUUGUCGGGAUUGAAGACAGAGUGCGAGCAGCAGCUGGCUUCGCUGCUGACUGUGGAGACAGCGGCAGCAACAGCAGUGCUCGCUGUCAGACACACGUGCCCCAGCCUCAUAAAAGCCGCCGUCGCCUUCAUAAAGGCCAACUUCCAGGUGCUGGCCACUCAGGGUUGGGCUGAUGCUGUGCACAACCAGCCCAAGGAUGUGGUCGAAGUGUGUCGGCUACUCGGGCAGCCACCUAAAGAAAUCAGGAGCGGUUUUGGAAAGAAUGAAAUCAGGAGACUGACUGAGGCGUUUGAAGAGGGGGAUGUAGAGGAGCUGCUGGAACUCAUUGAGGCAGGGGCGGUUGUGAGGACGAGGGACAGUGAUGGUAUGACCGCCCUGCACUUCUUUGCACAGGUGGGAUACGUGGAGAUAGUGAGGAGUCUGUUGGAGAGAGGGGCAGAGGUUGACGCCAGGAUCAGCAGUAUGGAGACGCCCCUGCACUUGGCUGCAAUCGGUGGCCACUCAUAUAUUGUGCGACUGCUGGUAGCGUGUUCCGCGGACGUCAACGCAAGGAACUGUCACAACAGAACACCGCUGCAGUUUGCUGCGUGGCAUGGGCACGAAGAUACAGCAGCGUUUCUGGUGGAGGCGGGAGCCGACACGGAAGCUAGGGAUGAUGAUGGGAGAACCUACCUCGAUUGACAACCAGGAGAUCAUAUGGAUUCCAUCAUAUAACUAACAGUUCAAUAAAUAUCUAUGAUAUAAAAAAUGAUACUUCACUACGUCAGUUUCCAUUAUUUUUAAAUUAAGAAAUAAAAAAAAUUUCAUUCCUACCCAUCAUUAUAUAGUGCAUACAAAGGCUCUAGGAAGACCUCAACUAGUAUGAAAAGAGGAGAUAUCCAUAACCAAAUGUAAAUAACUUUUAAAUUGAGGAAACCGACUAAAGUAAAAGGUUUUUUGAGGGAUCUUUGCAAAACUCAACAAUGAAAAUAUACUAAUUUCAUUACCGAUAGACGCCAGUUCUGUCUGAAACUAGAAUUUCUUCCAGUGUGCAAAAUAAACAACUUAAAAUAAUGAAACCAGGUGACAUUUUACACAACCGCCGACAGGUCAAUUGGUAAAAACCCAAUUAUUUUCAAUGUGCAAAUGGAGAAAUAACGGUUGUUUCAAGUAUGUCACCUGGCUGAUUUCCUGUAAGUUGUUUCAACCGAUCUCCUACAUUACUUAAUUACCGAAAUCUGCUUAGUAAGAGAGUGUAUAAUGCAAUGCUAACAGCAUGUAAACUGUAGCUGUCCCCAGAAGAUUACUAUGUAAGACAAAUGGUUAGAAAUACAUUCUCCUUUGAGCUC